UAUGGGCCUCUCUCUUCGGUGUUGUGUGUAAAGUUUUAGAUGCUUGCUUGUUUGCGGCUGAAAAAAUAACAUAAAAGAAUUUAUAAUUACUCAUUUUAUAAUUUUUGUCGAGAGAAGUAUUGCUAGAAAUAAUGGAUCUGAGGCAUAAGCAGUCUCAUUGGGACUUUCGCAGAUAUUCAAGCACGGCUUCUUUCAGUUUGCCUAUUUCAAACUACCCUGGCUAUGGGCUGUUUGUUCAUGAAGACUGGAUCCUGAGAUUUAACAGAAGGCACCAAGUUCUGGGCCGUCCAAUAAAAGCAUCAGCAUCGAAACCAAAACAAAGAUUCUGGAUCUACAGACCUCUGCCUGUAUCUGUAUUGCCUCAGCUGUGCUCCACAGUUCAUUCAUUUUAUGCCAAUUAUUCGCAAGUGGUUUUCCCCCCUUAUUGGCCAAUGAACAUGGGGCAGAAAGCUUCAGGUGGUAUCAAGACUGUCUCAAUAUCCAGAGUUUCAUCGGCAACCAUACAUAGGCCAAUGGCUAAAGAACUAGCCAUCAAUCCUGAUUUACAAAGGCCUGGUCGCCUAGAUGUGCUCUUGGAUAUGCCUCCAGCAAGUCGAGAACAGCAGUUAAAACAUGCUUGGAAUCCUGAUGACCGUUCUUUAAAUAUAUUUGUCAAAGAAGAUGACAAAUUAACUUUUCACCGACAUCCAGUUGCUCAGAGUACUGACUGUAUAAGAGGUAAAGUAGGAUACACAAGAGGUCUCCAUGCAUGGGAAAUUCAUUGGAACAUGAGACAAAGAGGAACUCAUGCAGUUGUGGGAGUUUCAACUCGCGAUGCUCCCUUGCAUUCUGUAGGUUAUCAAUCUCUUGUCGGAAGCAAUGCCGAAUCAUGGGGAUGGGAUUUGGGUCGAAACAAACUUUAUCACGAUGUAAAAAAUAAUCCUGGUGUUACUUAUCCUAGCCUUUUAAAUUCAGAUGAACCUUUUGUUGUUCCUGACAGUUUACUUGUAGUUUUGGACAUGGAUGAAGGUACUUUAUCCUUUGUUGUUGAUGGACAAUAUUUAGGUGUAGCAUUCCGUGGCUUAAAAGGAAAGAAGUUGUAUCCUGUAGUUAGUGCAGUAUGGGGACACUGCGAAAUUACAAUUAAAUAUUUUGGUGGACUUGAUCCUGGACCCUUGCCUUUGAAAGAUAUAUGCCGAAGAGUCAUUAGGCAACAAAUUAACAAGAAGCGCUUAGGAAGAGUUCAUGAACUCAGCUUACCUAAAGCUUUGAAAAGUUAUCUCUUGUAUCAAGAUUGAAAAAUAGGUCAAGCAUAGUAUUAAUCCAUUUUGGGACCACCUACAACUCAAGAUUUCUUCACAUAAAUAUAUGUGUGAUGCUGGUCCAGGUCAUUCUUGUGCCAUACAGUAAAUAUUCUCCCACUGUAGUGAUUGUGCAUUUUAUGGAUGGCAAACCUUUGUUUGGUUUGUUAAUUUAUCAAUUAAUAAUCUUUGUUAGUUAUAAGAUGGAAUGAUGCUUCUGGCCAUUCUAUUUGGUUUGUAUAUGAAGUACUUAAUUUAUGUCUGCAUUCGGAUAUAAAUUUGUAGAUGUAAGAGCAGCUCCUAAAUAGGUUUGAUGGUUUUGAAAUGUUGGGAUGAAUCUAACAAAUCUGGCAGCUACCUACCUCGAUAUGCUAGAAGUAAAUGGUAAUAAGUGAACUAUAUGAAAGUUUCUUCAGAUAUGGUUUUGGAGUGCUAUUGUGUUUCGUCUUUAUAUGUAUUUUGUAAUUUUUUAUUAAAUUUCAAAUCUAAUUAUGAUUUUAUAUAAUUUUGUUUCAAACUUGUAAAUUUUUAAAUAAAAUUAUUUCUUUUUGA